UCUGUACAUACCAUUGAAGUUAUUAUUGCUGCUUCUGUUGCUGUUUUAUUAUUUCUAUUAUUAUAUGUAGCUGGUGUUUCUGCUAUUGCUGUAUAUUUGGUUACGGUAGCUGUGCUUAAUUCAUAUUUAUAUGUAUGUAUAUUUUUGCUCAAUGUAAGGGUAUGACUUGUAAUCCCGUCUUCUACUUAUACUUCCUGCUUGUUGUCAUUAGGCGAUAUAUUUUGUGCAGAAUAACCAUUGACUUUAGCUGUGACUAUGGUUUGUAUGUCGCUUUUAAGGGUUAGGUAUACGUUGUGUCGGCUGCUCUUUGUAUUACUUUUACACUGUAGCAGUGUUGCCGACGUCGCUGUGGCUGAUUGCAAUGUUGUGUUCUGUUGUGUUGCUAACCUGUGUAGUAAAUGGUUGAUCUUUGGAUUGUUAAUAACAACAUUUACCAGUAAAAUUUCGAAAAUGAACGAAAAUGGAAGGAAAAGUUUUGACAAACCUGUUUAAUUGUGGACAACGAAUAAUUUAUCCAUACAUACAUUUUAUAUAAUACAAAUAACAAUGAUAUUUAUUAAAUACAGUUUUGCAAUUAAAAUAAAGUCAUUAAGAAAUAAGUGAUAGUUUGCAUACUCAAAGCUGUUCGGAUUGCAUAUGCGCAAGUACCCGCACGCAAGUAAAGUUUUCAUAUUUUCUAAUGCUGUCGAUGAAUACUUGCACAUGUUCACAAAUUAAUUUAAAGAGUAUUAAAUAUUAAACAUUUUGCCACACUUACUACAUAGAUAAAUAAUAGCAGUACAUGUGAUGGCUUUUAAGAACACAGGACAUUUUUUGCGUAAUAAAUCGGUUGUUACUUUUAAAUAAAUAAAUAUAUGCACGUUUUUUUUAUAUUUUUAAUAUAAAAACUGCUCUAUCGAGCUUCAUUGGAUGCACUCAUAUUGAUUUAAUGUGAAAAGCUGAUAGGCGCAUGCUUGAUAAAUGGUAUCUAUUGAAAUAUCAAAUAAUACACACCUAUUUCUUUAGGGAUGUAACAUUACAUGUAUACACAUACAUACACACUUGUCCAUUAAGUUGCAGUUCGUAUACAUACAGUAGUUGGAAUGCACUCGAAAAGAAAUGAAAAGCACAUACAUAUGAACAGCCAUACGACAACAAAUAAGGAAAGCCCUCAUUCCACAACUGCCCGUUAGAUACUGUGAAAACGUGAAAAGUCUGAAAUAAUACGAAAUGCCCGCAAAAUCUUUUAAAAAAGAAGCUGCGGCUCAAGUACAUCCAUUAUAUCAGUAUAAAAUUAAGUUAACUACGAAAGAAAAAUUAAUAAUACAACUUUUUUAUUGACGGGAAAACUGUGAACCUAUUUUAUUAAUUUCUUUUCAUUUUAUUUAUACAAAAAUUUGAAAAGUGCAUUGAUGUGGCUAUAAUUAAUAUAAUUUCUAAAUUACUCUACUAUAUAUGUUGUUAAUGGCGGCUAAUGACCAAUUUUACGGCGAAGUACAAGAUGGUGUUAUCAAUAAAAUAUUAUUACCGAGCUAAGCUUAGUUAGCUUAAUUAGUUUCUGAUCUGUACAAUCUUCAUUGAAGUCUAACGAGCAGCUUUCGACUAUAGCGGAAAAAUUCGUGAAAAAAGACCCGGUUUUCAUCAGGACAAUGCACCGUGUCACAAUAGCAUUUUGACAAUGGCUAAAAUUCAUAAAUUAAAGUUCGAAUUGUUGGAGCAUACACCGUAUUCACCUGAUUUGUUUCCAGAACUCAAAAUAUAUAUGCAUGACAAGCGCUUUUAAUCAGUCAAUCUGGAUUCUCACUUCAGGCUGUAUUUUAAUUCGCGUAAUGAAAGAAACCAAUACAACAAAUAAAAAACUACGUCAGUUUCGGAAAAAGACAGGAAGUGCUGAUAAUCAACCUUUAUCGAUAAGCAUCUACAAGAAUAUUGCAAAUACAAAUUCAAACUGUCAUAGAAAGCAACCUUUAAAAACUAAAAAUCAACUCAAGCAUUCAGCUCAAAAAACUCGGGAGAUUCUCAACAAUCACAAAAGUUGUCAGUCUUUAAAUAAAAGUCAAACAAACGCCUCGUUCGUACCAGCGAGAAGGGCCUCAAAUGAGAUAGUGGAGCUUGAUAAUAGAGCUAGUGAUAAUUCUACUCUCAUUCAACUAGAAUUUAAACACAAAGAAAAAUCAAUUGAAAUCGUUUCAGAUAAGAAACUAAUAGUCUUUGAAGGUGUAUCUGAAGACAAAGACUUGCGAAAUUACAAUGCAAUGCCCAGAACUAAGCACAGGCCUAAGAGUAUAAAUUUCUGCGCACAAAACUGUAUGUGCGGUAAUAGUGACGUUUGCAUGCGCACAUCCAAAAACUCUGCAGGCUUUGACGUCCGCAAUAAACAAAAUUCUUUUGACGUGUCAAGCUCAAAGAAAAUAUAUCGCCAUGAUCAUCACCAGACCUUUCUAAGCAACAAGACUCAACUUUUAAGAGAAACGCUUUCUACUAUGCAACUGCAACACCAUUUGAGCGUACAACAACAAGAACUAAUACAGCAACUACAAUUAGUACAACGACAAUAUCUGAUCCAUCAAGGCUUUGUCAAACCUUUGCAAUUGGACUUUCAAACGCAGCUUGAUAGAUCAUCGUCACCUUUAAGUAAUUUGUUCAGUCACGCGCACCAGCAAUUACACUUGCAACAUCAGGCUUCGAAUGCAUUGACCAAAUGUAAUGAAACGUAUUAUGAAACAAAUUAUUUAUUGCAACAGCAUCAGCAGCAACAACAAAUAUAUAUGCCGUACCAAGCAAAUUUGACAAAUCCACAUAAUGAAUAUCGGCUACGACAAAGCCAACAACAAAAUGACGACGAGGAUAUUGAUAACGAAAACAAGAACACUCACUUGAAUAUCAGUAAUAACAACAACAUUAAUCACAAUGCCGAACUCGAUGUUUGCGAAAACAAGCAAUUUAUUAAGAUUAUUAAUACAUCUUUACAGGAAGAACAGAAUAACAAGGAAGAGCAUACUUAUAGGUUGGAUGUAGAGUGCAAUUCUACAAUAAGUAACCCAACACUUGGGGAGAGCAAUAACAGUAGUUUGUGUGGUGACUUUAAGCCUUCAAUUAUGCAAUGCAUGGAAGGAGACGAGCCGUUAUUGCAGGAGCCAACUACACAUUGUUCCUCUUCUACACAUAUUUGCGGUGCUACUACUAGUUGUAAUAGCUUUAAGCAAUAUCAGCGCAAAGCUAGAACCGACGAUGAUGGAAACAACAACAGUAACAGCAAAAACUUCCAUAAUCAUAGAUGCAUUGCAUGGCAGCAUCAACGUGACAAAGAGCACCACGAAAACACAAUGAAUAUUAUAUCAAAAAACUAUGACGACAAUGAUAGUUCUCAGCACACCAGCAACGCUUUUCCAGAGGAUGUGUCAAUGCUACCCGCAACUGAAGAUGUCCCGUGUUUCGUGUCCCGCAUACAUAAUCGCAAUAAUGACAAAAUAUGCAGCAAAACACAAGCUCAACAAAAUACACUAACUUUACAUUCACAGCAAAUGCAGCGCAGUACCGAAUGUAUGCGGCCUUCGUCGGCGCCUUCGUCCAUUGAUGAACACCACAAUGGCAAUGAAAGCCAGAAUUCGACUGCUAAUGAAUUGGAUGAAUUCACAACUUGGGUGAAUCCUGUGGACCAAGGCAACAAUAUAACUGAUGAUAUACAUGAUGAUGUUACCUACAAAUGUAUGUGUGGUUUUUUUGUUUUCGCAGCAUAUAUGCAUUACCAAAAGCGCGUCGCGUAUGCAAGAAGUGGAAGUCCCAGUCGAAGUAGAUGUAGCAGUAAUAGCAAUCAAAAUAGCAGCACUGACAAUUGCAGUGAAAUUCGUGAUAAUAUCAAACAUUAUACUUGUCCCAAUGAUAGUGCUGGCACGCAUGUGGGCGACGUCGUAGCUACGCCAUCUUCGCCGACUGUCAAUGUACAACACCAUAGGUUGCAGUCAGGGCAAAAGUUGGAAACAAGACAGGCAUCUACCAUACAUAAUAUGGCUGAUUCAAAAGUACACCGUGGCAUAUCGCCGUUAUUACGGCUGGAUCAGCAAACGCAGGAACAAUUGCAGCAACAAGAACAUGCAACACAAAAGGUAGCAGCACGUGACCCUUUGUUAACAUUGCCGCCGCCACCACUAAUAUUGUCGCCAGUAACGACUCUGUCGCCUACAGUAGCUGCUUCAAAGGUCAUACCAUCGACUAUGCAUGCAGCAGCAGCAGUAGCAGCGGCUGCAUCGCAUACGCAAGCACCACAUCAUAAUGCAGCAGCAGCUGUAGCAGUGGCAGCUGCCGCAGCAGCUGCUGCAGCAGCCGCAAACAGUCGCUGCAUACGUGGUGCACAGAUGACGCCAAAUUUUGGUGGCCUGUUGGAUGCAGUAAGUGGUUGCAAUGGCGGCAGCAACGAAACUCAUUGCAUCAAUUACGAUGACACAAACGCCACAGAGGCAAGCCAGGACACAAACGUCAAUAGCAACAAGCACACCAAUAGCCCAAAAAAGUACUACCAUCCGCUAUAUGCACACGGAAUAUGCCGUUGGCCGGGCUGUGAGCUAGCGCUUAAUGACUUCGUCUCCUUCGUAAAACAUUUAAACUCCGAACAUAACUUGGACGAUCGGUCCACAGCACAAGCACGAGUUCAAAUGCAAGUCGUAUCACAGCUGGAAGUUCACUUGCAGAAGGAGCGCGAUCGAUUACAGGCUAUGAUGCAUCAUCUUUAUUUAACAAAACAAUUUUUAAAUACUGAAAAUAUCGAGUCGAAGGAACCAUUGGAAUCACCUUACAGCAAUAUCUCAGCCAGCCUGAGCCCAACAACUAUGGGGUCGGUAAUGCCAAUGGCGGUACCGCAAGUAACUAACUUACAAGGUGUAACUAAUUUGAACAUGUCGAUGAAUGUGAAUAGCACUCGUAGCAUACCGAUUAGCUCACCUAUUCUGACCACGGCUAACAUAUCUGCGAUUAGAAAGCGAAUCAACGAUAAAACCCCCAUUUCCCUAACGGGCGGUUUGCCUUAUAUGUUGGAAAGAGCCGGUUUGGAUGUCCAACAAGAAAUACACCGAAAUCGAGAGUUUUAUAAAAAUGCUGAUGUACGACCUCCUUUCACAUAUGCUUCACUUAUACGGCAGUCUAUUAUAGAGUCACCUGACAAGCAGUUAACUUUAAACGAAAUUUAUAAUUGGUUUCAAAACACAUUCUGCUAUUUUCGGCGCAAUGCUGCAACUUGGAAAAAUGCCAUACGCACAAAUCUGUCGCUGCAUAAAUGCUUUGUGCGCUAUGAAGAUGACUUUGGCUCCUUUUGGAUGGUAGACGACAAUGAAUUCGUGAAACGACGCCAUUUAUCGCGCGGCCGUCCACGCAAAUAUGAACCGUCGUCAUCGCCUAAGACCAAUUCGCAAACGUCCGUUAAUGCUACUGCCGACAAUGGCAACAACACUAGCCGAGAAGCAAGUGGCAACAGUGAUUCACAACAAUUAUUGAAUAGGCAACAAAAGCAGAAACAGCGCAAUAUGCACAGUUUCGGUGGUAGUCAGGUGUCUGGCCACUGCAUCAAUGUAGAUUGUGAUAGUGUCGGUCGUAGCGUUCAAGGUUACCAUGCUGCAACGGAUGCUGCUACUCCAGUAAUGGCAGCUGCAAUUGAUGCCAAACAAGGCGACGAUAAUUACUCUAAUAACAACAGUAGCAACGUUAUUAAAAUUAAGAGUAGAAAUAAUAAUAAUAGCAGCAACAAAAACAAAAACCACAGUAUUAUGGAUAUUAAUAAUGGCGAUCAUGACGGCAUUGAUAUCUGCGAAGGUAGCCAAAGACAUAUAAGCGAUUUUUGUAGCAAUAAAAAAAUAGCGAAAUUUGAUACUCAAAAAAAUUAUGAGAUGCCUAAUGAUAGUAAUCUACUUUGCAUCAACAAUACUUUAAUUGGUAUUAACACAUUUAAAAAUUUAAGUAUGCUUGCAACGACUGGCAACAAAGUCGCUAGUGCUAGUGGUAUCAACAUCGUCAGUGAUGGCGUCGCCGCUGUCGAUAUUGAUACCAUAAUUGCGGUGAACAACAGUGGCGAUGGCAUAAUUGGAAGCAAUCGUAUCGGUGCCAGUAUCUAUGGUGAUGUCGGUGUCGUUACUGUUGAUGCUGUAAAUAAUUUAAAUGAUGUUGCCGUAGGUGUUGGUGAUAACGGUACCGACGGAAUUUUCUCUUGCAACUAUCAACCGCAGUAAGAGUAUUAAUCAAAUAAAACAAUAAAAACCAAACCUUUUGAUGUUC